AUGUCAAUCUUCAAAUCUUUAUUGUCAAUGGGAAUGAAUAAUUCAAAUUCAAACUCUCAAUCAAUUGUUUAUAAUGAAAAUAGACUCAACUCAUUCCAAUCAAAAAAUGAAAUUAUGGUUUCUAUCUCAAAUCCAAUUAAUCCAUCACAAAAAAAAUAA